AUAAAUUCCAUAACAAGUGCGGGUUGGCAGACAUCUUUGAAUCCACAUGUUGGAGGAUUUUUUUUUGACAUGUUGGAAAACUGCCCCCCCCCCCCCCCCCCCGGUGUGUCGUCAUCACUGGUCGGCUCCCAGCAGCAGCAGCAGCAGCAGCAGCCUCCUGAACCGGGACCUGCACCGGAGGGCUCACCAGUCCAGCUCUCAGCGAGCAGAGAGGAGGACGAGGAUGUGAAGAUAAAACCAGAGACCCCAGAGCAGCUCCAGAGACCCCCCCCUCCCCUCCCCGAGCAGGUCCUCACACCGGGGAGAAGACGGCUCCCUGCUGCAGACACAUUCUCUCUUUUUACAGUUUUUUAAUUUCGCUAUGGAAACUCACUUCACAUCCGGGCCACUAUGCUUUGACUCCAUUAUUGUCUAAACCUGGCGGAGAGGUUGAUAAACCUUCAUCUUCUUCACCGAUAGACACACAGUUUCUACCCCGAGCAGUGAAGGCUGGACCCGGGAGGACAUGUCGAACCAAGGAGUCCGGAGGAACGGCCCCGUGAAGCUGCGAUUAACAGUCCUCUGCGCCAAAAACCUGGCGAAGAAAGACUUCUUCCGCCUCCCUGAUCCCUUUGCCAAGGUUGUCGUGGACGGUUCGGGGCAAUGCCACUCGACGGACACCGUGAGGAACACGCUGGACCCCAAGUGGAACCAACACUACGACCUAUACAUCGGGAAGUCAGACUCCAUCACCAUCAGCGUGUGGAACCACAAGAAGAUCCACAAGAAGCAGGGCGCUGGUUUCCUGGGCUGUGUCCGCCUUCUGUCCAACGCAAUCAACCGCCUUAAAGACACCGGCUAUCAGAGACUAGACUUGAACAAGCUGAGUCCCAACGACAGCGACACGGUCAGAGGACAGAUCGUCGUGAGCCUGCAGUCCAGGGACCGGAUAGGCACAGGAGGCCCCGUGGUGGACUGCAGUCGGCUGUUUGACAAUGAUCUUCCAGAUGGCUGGGAGGAGAGGAGGACGGCGUCUGGACGGAUCCAGUACUUGAACCACAUCACACGCACCACGCAGUGGGAGAGGCCGACCAGGCCGGCGUCAGAGUACUCCAGCCCCGGCCGGCCGCUCAGCUGCAUCGUGGAUGAGAACACGCCCGUCAGCACCAACGGGGCCACGCCCACCACAGCGUUGCCUCCCAGCGGCGGUGAGCAGCGGGCCCAGGAGAGACGGGUCCGGUCCCAGAGGCACCGCAACUACAUGAGCAGGACCCACCUGCACACGCCCCCGGAUCUACCUGAGGGAUAUGAGCAGAGGACCACGCAGCAGGGCCAGGUCUACUUUCUCCACACUCAGACGGGCGUCAGCACGUGGCACGAUCCCAGAGUACCCAGGUAUGGUCAUAAAUGGGACAAUGACAUCACAGGUGUGCUGGACCACACCUUCUGUGUUGAACACAACGCGUAUGGAGAGAUCAUCCAGCACGAGCUGAAGCCUAACGGGAAGAGCAUCCAGGUGACCCAGGACACCAAGAAGGAGUACGUGCGGCUCUACGUGAACUGGCGUUUCCUGCGAGGGAUCGAGGCUCAGUUCCUGGCUCUGCAGAAAGGAUUCAACGAGGUCAUCCCGCAACACCUGCUGAAGGCGUUCGAUGAGAAGGAGCUGGAGCUGAUCGUGUGCGGUCUGGGUAAAAUCGACAUCAACGACUGGAAGUCCAACACGCGGCUCAAACACUGCACCCCCGACAGCAACAUCGUGAAGUGGUUCUGGAAGGCCGUGGAGUCGUUCGACGAGGAGCGCAGAGCCCGGCUCCUGCAGUUCGUCACCGGCUCCUCCAGAGUCCCCCUGCAAGGAUUCAAGGCCCUCCAAGGCGCUGCCGGUCCUCGACUCUUCACCAUCCACCAGAUCGACGCCAGCACCAACAACCUGCCCAAAGCCCACACCUGCUUCAACCGGAUCGACAUUCCUCCCUACGAGCACUACGACAAACUCUACGACAAGCUGCUCACUGCCAUCGAGGAGACGUGCGGCUUCGCUGUGGAGUGACUCGGCGAUGACCGCGGCGCUCUGCGGCAUCCAGAAGCAACCCGCUUUGGUCCCGAUGAGCCUCCUCCCUUUAAACCCGGGAGGGGGGUCACACUCGGUUGCUUCACCCAGGGGGGGCGCACACUCUCUCUCCCGGGGACACGUGGCCAAGCUAAGGGAGGGCAGGAGAGCAGAAAACGUCCCGUGACUUUUGUAUUUGUAGACCUUCCAGCCCUCCUUUACGUCUUUUUGUAUGAUUGGAAAAGGAUCUCUUCUUCAGCUGCUAAUAACUCAGACUCUUUACUAACUCCAGGAACCUGCUCUUCCCUUCUUUUUUUCUAAGUUCAUUUCAGCUUUUACAGACAGACUGUACUCCAUGUAGCAACGCGCCAUCUUCCCCAGCAAAGGUCGGUCCGCCCUGAAACGACAGACACACGACAGGUUUGUCCGGUUUGUUCCUCUGAUGAAUGGUUACAGACGUCACCUGGAAACACGACCUGUGGACGCCGAGCGGGCGAGCGAGCCGGCAGAGCCAGCAGAGCGUGCAGAGCGUGCAGGACUCUGGAGGUUUCGGUGCUAUCAAGAGAGCCAGAGUGUUUACAACCCUCUCCACCCGACGCUGCAUCCCCCACAAACACACGCCACCUUUUCACGUGUGCGACUGCUGCUCUGUUUGAAGAUGAACAAAUGAAUGCAAAGCUUAAAUGUGUUAUUUUUAUAAAAACAGGGGGAAAAGAAACGUUCAAUUCUAUCUUAAUAUAUAUAAUUUAUUGCUGUUUUAUUUCAGAGCCCCGCCCCCCUCCGCUCCAGGAGACAAAUGUUUAAAUUAUGGAUUUGUGAACCGAUUUAAGCUCGACUGAAUCUCACCUGUUGUUGAUUUCCUCUCUCGCCCGCACCUGGAGGGGCGUGUCUUAAAAGGGCGAAGAAGAACCGGCUCCACGAACUCUUCUGAAUGAAUGAAAGCAGACCCUUUAAGAAUUCUACUGAUCUCCUCGCGGAGCUCCGUUCGUGACGCCGAUGUUUGGAGCGGUCCAUUCUUUGUAGCGGGGCCGUUUGAGCGUCACGAACAGAGACACUGAACGUCUGUUUGUUUCUAGAAGAAUCUGCUACCUUCUCGUCACGUGGUGCUAAAGAGCGCUAACCUCAUCCACCAACCCCGAGAGCUCCACCUGCGAGAAGCCAAAUCCAUCUGAAUGUUUGAGGCUGAUUCCUGCGUUCGUCCCGCCCCCCCCCCCCCCCUGUUUGAAACUCGUUGCAUGUCUCUGUUUGUGUUUUGAAAGGGAACUGAAUGAGACGAACCGCUCCACAGCGCCACCUGUGAUGUUUUUAAUUCAGCCGGAUUGUUUUCUACGAUUUUAAAAAUGAAAUCCUUGAAUGUUUUCAAAAAAAGAUGCUGCCUGUCUAGCAAUCUCUACGACCGUGGACUGUUCUUAAUGUUUGCGUACACUACAGGAAACGUGUCUCUGUGUCAGACUGACGCGUGUGUGUGUGUGUGUGUGUGUGUGUGUGUGUGUGUGUGCAGAGUGAGAGCGUUCCUCAGACGGUGCUUUGUACAGUAAUAAGAUAUUGUUGGUGUGUGUGGAUCAGACGACCUGUAAUUUAUCUUUAACUUAAGUCGAUUUUUCUUGACCUGAAAGAGUCGUGACGAUGACUUCUGUAACUUCUUCAUCAUCGGCCUUUUUUUGAAGUCCAGCGCACAAACUGAUCGCCCGACCGUCUGUUCCUUUAAACGCCGCCCCUGUGUAGCCGCCGCCUCUCGCCGAAGAACCCCGACUUUGUACUCGCCGCUGAGAGACGCCGCUCUGUUUUUUUCGUCUGUUUUUGUUUUUUUUAAAUAGCAUGAUCCACUAGCAGGACUAUAUCUCUCAUAGCAGACUGAUGCAAUUUGAUGUAUGUUAACACUAUCAUUUUGUAAGAGUAUUUUAUUUUUGUGUGUAAUUAGUUCUAAUUAAACUUGCCUUUGUCUAACAAUGUAAGGCCUUGUACAAGA